AUGUCAUCAUCGGAUAUAACGAAACAACCACAGGUGAAAAUUGGCCAUUAUGUACUCAAUCAGACACUUGGCGUUGGCACAUUUGGCAAAGUUAAAGUAGGUAUUCAUGAAGGUACGGGUUAUAAAGUUGCGGUGAAAAUUCUCAAUCGGCAGAAGAUCAAAUCGCUGGAUGUUGUCGGCAAAAUACGACGUGAAAUUCAAAAUCUCUCACUUUUUCGACAUCCACAUAUUAUCCGACUGUAUGUUGUUUAUGCUGUUUUUUUUUUCGAUUUUUCAGGUUUUCCAAGUUUUUAUUAG